CUAUUAAUCACUGAAAAGCUUAUUUAAACUAAUUAAAUGAUGUUUUCCCUGAGCCAAUUUGAUGCACUCCUCCUAGAGAGCACACUGGAGGUGAAUAGCGUGGCUUUCCUUGCGAGGAAUUUCAUAAAUGAGAAUAACUCGUGAAGGAUCACCGAGAGGAAGAGAGACUAUAAGUACCAGAGCAAAUUAUUCCAAGAAGUCUCUGUAAUUACUGACAAGUUUAAGGAUAUGUACCAGGAGAUGUUAGAGAUUAUCCUUCAAGAUAAAAAGCUACUAGGUGAUAAAUUAGAUGAAGAAUUAUUAAAAGAAAGCUCAGAUGAAGACCUGCUCGAUGAAGAAGAACCUCUGAAAAGCAUCCCUUCCAGUGAAUUUGGAGAUAUUUCUCCUCUCCUUGAAAAAAGAGAAUGGUUAAAUGACAAUUGCAUUGAUGCAUUCGUUUCAUUGAUAAGUUCUCAGCCAGAAUUCCGGGAGAAGAACACUAUCAUUUUGAGUUCAGCUUGGUUCUCAUUUUUAAACAGCUGGUCAGGGAAUGGAGAAGCAAAGUGUGAGAGAAUUUUAUCAAAGAAAUUAAACAAAUCUAAAACCCAAGUAAGCAAAAUUAUAAUCCCAAUUUGCUACGAAGACCAUUGGAUUUGCUGAGAAAUCGAUAUCAGCAAUCUCUCAGUUAAAACCUUCAAUUCACUUAGUUACUCAACCUCAAAAUCAGCCAAUAUAGCAGGGAGAAAGAUUCAGAAAUUCUUUGAAAGCUCGAAAUCCAUCAAUAAUAUCCUUAUAAAUAUUUUCAAGACUCCUACAUGCUCUCCUGAAUUUUCUCUCACUUCCGCUAAAUGUGCUCAGCAAGAGAAUGCCUACGACUGAGGAGUAUAUGUUUGCCUGAACAUUCUUGCCCUGACAUUAUCAAAGACUCCGGAUUGAGAACCUAGAUUUCUUCGUAAUCGCUUAUUCAAUGCGAUUAUUCAUCAAGAUCUUAAAUAUCUUAAUUAA